AUGGACGUCGCCGACGCUGCCUCCAAGUCCGGCCAGCAUGAGCAGGGUCACAGGACGGUGUCGUCGGAGCCGCCGAAGCGGCCGGCGGGGCGGACCAAGUUCCACGAGACGCGCCACCCGCUGUACCGGGGCGUGCGGCGCCGUGGCCGGGUCGGGCAGUGGGUGUGCGAGGUGCGCGUGCCCGGGGUGAAGGGCUCCAGGCUCUGGCUCGGCACCUUCACCACCGCCGAGAUGGCGGCGCGCGCGCACGACGCCGCGGUGCUCGCGCUCUCCGGCCGCGCCGCCUGCCUCAACUUCGCCGACUCCGCAUGGCGGAUGCUGCCCGUGCUUGCGGCCGAAUCGUUCGGCUUCGGCAGCGCGCGGGAGAUCAAGCUUGCCGUCGCCGUUGCCGUCGUUGCGUUCCAGCAGCAGCAGAUUAUUCUUCCAGUCGCGUGUCCAACGGUGGAGGCGGCCGCCAGCCCGAGCAACUCUCUGUUUUACAUGUCGUCCGUCGACUUGCUGGAGCUCGACGAGGAGCAGUGGUUUGGCGGCAUGGACGCUGGGUCGUACUACGAGAGCUUGGCGCAGGGGAUGCUCAUGGCGCCGCCGGACGACAGAGCGAGGCGGGAGGACGCCGAGCAGACCGGCGUCGAGACACCGACGCCGUUAUGGAGCUAUUUGUUUGACUAA